CUGUGCAGAGGUAGGGUGGUGCGUUCAAGCUCUGUCAUACACUAGUAUUGUGAAAUGGUCUCAUGAAAGUAUGCUAGGUUUACUGUGAACUAAAAAUAUCUACACCAGUGUAACGGAUUCGAAAAUCUAAAUUGAUCUAUCGAAUAGGAAAGUAUAGCUUCAGUAUUAAUCAAUGUGGCAAAGAAAUAGCUCCGGGCUUUUUGUGCUUCAGUUUUCCUGGGAAGGUGAACUUUUCUUUCAAUAGCUUUUCAAGUUUCAACAGUACAAUAUUUUUUUUUUAGAAACGGUUACCUCAAUGCUUAGAAUAGGAUCCCUGACUAAUGUAUCUCCGUUUUUUUAAAACUAAUUCAGAACGUGAGUUUCUGUGCCACUUUACAAGUGUUUUCACUUGAGAGUUCUGGCAACCAAGUAUAACUUGCACUUGGUCUACUAUAUGGCUCCAAUUUUACAGUCAUCUUUAAUCUCUCUUCAUCCAAAGUGAUAUCAAAUUUAUCAUCCGAAAAAUUGACAUUCAUUUUUUCAGCCGUUCAUUUGUUUUCGGUACGGAGGCCUAACAAAUUCGCAGCGUUGUUGAUCGUACAACGUACAAAAUGAGCUCGUGUGACCCAAGCAAUGUGCUAGUCUCGCCGUCGAUAUGUGUGUGCGGGCUGCCGUUGAGCAUGCUGAGUGUGCAAGUGCAAGCCACAACGGGCAACAUCUACAAUCUCAGAGUCGCGCACUCCGACACUGUAGACUACAUUCGAAGAAUUAUAGCCAAGAAGACCAAACUCUCGAAAGAGCGAAUUCUGCUUCUGUAUAAAGACAGACAAUUACGGGACGGCAGCCUUGAAGAACACAACGUUAGAGAUGGGGCGAAGCUCCAUCUCGUUCCUUCAGUGGAGACUGGCCUCUUGAGUCAACGACCGGAGCAGAGCGUCAUGCAAGCCUUAGAAUCGCUCAAUGAUGGUCAGGUCACGGAUUUUUUAUCUGGCAAAGCACCUCUGAAUUUGACGAUGCGUCUCGGUGACCACAUGAUGCUCAUUCAGCUUCAGCUGUCGACAGUAUCACCUGUGCAGCAUCACUCCAGCAACCGUACCAAUCCUCACCACUUAACCACACUCAGACGAGGUUAUUCGUCGUCCUCUUCUAACUCUUCUAUCACUUCAAGCGCCUAUUCUAACGUCUCUACUAACUCUUCUCCCGACUCUUUAAACUCGUCAACAAACUCUUCUUCUUCUUCUGCUCUGUCGCACAUAGGGAACUCUAUUGCGUCGUCUCUGCCUCAACCUAAUUCUCCACUUGACGCACAGUCGAGCUUAUCCACCACCACCACUUCUACGCCAUCUACUAUUGAUAUGCCGCCACCAUCAAGUACUACUAAUUCGGUCCCAUCACAAUCGUUGAGAAAUAGUUCUAACAGACACCAUCAUCACCAUUAUCAUCAUAACCACAAAAAUGUUUCACCCAAUGGGGUUGGAGCAGCCAGACACCAUCAUCAUCACGGUCAUCACUAUCAUCAUAGUCAUCCGUACUACCACCACCCCUAUCCCCAGUACCACCUACUAUCACAGCCGCACUCCACCAACCCUUCAUUGCAGUCGAGCAAGCACAGUACUCAGGCUCAGCCUAUCAAUUUGCAACAACAACAGCAACAGCAUAAAAGCUUUCCUACAACCAAUCAGAAUACGUAUAAUUCUACAGGAAAAUGUCCUAGCAAUAACACUAAUAAUAAUACUGUAGCUUCUGCUUGUAACGCGUCUUCGCCCCCACAUGAACCGCCCUGCACGCCACCUCGUAGGUCUUCCUCAGCUAAUUAUUCUCCUCCUAGCUUCUCUUCUCCAGCAUCUUCUGCAUCCUCUUUUUCUCCUACGUCUCCCACCGCCCCCUGGUCUCCUGUUCUAUACUCUCCUCCUGCGCCAUCUCCAUCCGUUCACUCAGCAAGCUACUUCAGCAGCAACACGAGUUACCGCAAUGGAGGUGGUAGCUCCUUCACCCCUACACCCUACAGCAACCAGCAGCACCAGAGCAACAACAGCACCUCAGAGCUACCCAUACGCGUGUGCCCCCAUGCCUCAGUCGAUGACUUGGACCUCAGCGAUCUUGGGCUCAAUGCCUCACAGGUUGGGGAAGAUCUGAGCUUUAAUUCCCGACGUGGGGGAGGCGCCGUAACCGGUAGUGUCGGAGGCCGUGUUCGAGGGGUCAGCGCUGUGGGCUUGGACACUCGUGCCCUCGCUGAAGCCUCGAGAAACCUCACACAAACUUUGCGUCAGCUCAGCUCCGAAGUUCUCACCAACAAACCGUCUACUGCUGCUUCAAGUCACCACAAUCACCAUCAUCAUGCUCAUCAUCACAAUUAUGCCGGAGCAGCCGCAGCUUCCCUCGAUCAUAAGAAACGUGCCUCGCCCGCAGGCCCAUACGUGCCAGGCCAGAAAAACAACGCCACUGUUGCUGGGUCGUCAUCGAGUUGCGACUCAACGGAGCCUCGAGUGAACAUCGGUCCUGCGAUUCCUAGUGAUGUUUGCGUCGCUCCCGAAACUGUAGACGUCAAUAGCAAAUCAGGAACUUGUCCCACACCGGGGGCUGGCACCGAUGUGAGCCUCGACUCUGCGAGAAGAGCUCAGGUCGCACCGAAGUCAACUCGCUCCCGAGCCUGUAGUUCUACUCGCUCCGUGAACAGCGGCAAAUGCGCCCGGACGCAGGGAUGGUCUGGUCGACCCUUCAAUGCUCCGGGUGUGGAGAGUUCUGCUGGUGACGGCAGAAGAGGCAGCACAUGUCCUCCUCAUCAGCCUCAAGGUGCCAUCAUCGAGAGCAUGCAGCAUCACGGCAAAGGUGUCUUCAGUGGAACUUUCUCUGGUACCCUGAACCCGGCACUGCAGGACCGCCAGGGUCGCCCUAAGCGUGACAUCAGCACCAUCAUCCAUAUCCUGAAUGACCUGCUGUGCGCGACGCCGCACUACACCAGCACCGCUGCCGCCGUCGCCGCUGUCGCUGCUGCUGCCGCGUCUACGACGCGACCUUCGUCGUCUGCGCCUCGCGCUUCGUCUGCUGCGCCACAAACUGACGCUGCAGCUAAUCCCAAGGACACGGUGUCGGCUGAAGAUGCUGCCACGCGGUCUCGCGUUCAGCAGAUCCAAGCGAUGCUGGAGCAGCGAGCUGAGCGAAGGAGAGCUCGCCGGCUAGCACGGACGGCUGGAAGCGGCCAGCCGUACUCCCUGCCUGUGCCCACUGCAUCCAAACCUCGUCAGCCAGUUCCUGGACCGGUUACUUUGCCAGAAGCUCCAAAGGAAUCGUCCAAGGCUUCGGAAAUGAACGCCCCAGCGUGCGGAAAUAAAUCUUCUAUUGAUAAAUUGACGGCGCUCUGCUCUGACUCUUCAAAUAGCGUGUGCGUGUCGAAAGCUACCGUCCCUGAUGAUGUUUGCUUGGGCUCCGCUCAGCAGCACCAGCACUUGAUGCGUGAACUUCUUAAAGGUUGUGUGUCGGCUUCGAAUACGCCUUCUCACAUUUCUUCGGCCCAAGAUCAGACUUGUAGCUUCGCCGACAGUAAGAUAGACUGUGAACCACACGAAAACUACUCCGCUGCUGCUCAUGUGCAGCCACAACAGCAGAACAUUGCGCAUUCGCCUGAUGUUAUCAGUAACUCAGUCCUAGCCGACGCACCUUCAGCCAUGGAAGUGGACGAACCACUGGACGUUGCAUCUGAACCUACGAAAAAUUCUUCAGUGGAAGUAAACCCUUCCCUCUCCGCCACUGCCGAGCUCACUGCUUCCGACUCACCGUCUGUAGAGGCGCAUGUUAAACGCCCCCAAGAACAACGGCAACAACAAUCCGAACAACAGCAAGAGGUGCAACAAAGCCAACAGCAACAGCAGCCUCAGCAGGAGAAACAGGCUGACCAGCAGCAGGAAUCGACUGGCGAUGCUGACCAACAAGACACGGCAAAAAUAGUUUCUCUAAAUUCCGGCACCGUAAUGGCAUAAUGCUUAUUCGUUCUAGUUUACAUGACGCGUUUCUCGUCUCUUACUGUUUAUUAUUUCUAUUGAAAUUAUAACGCCGGUCAUAAAAUUUUUCACGAUGGCAUUAGACCUUCUUAUCUACCUCGGAAGACGCACCGCAUUGUAAUUAUUCUGUACAUUUGUUGCGCUCGUAUCAACGUUCCUCUGUUGAUAUUCGACUCGGUUAUAAUCUGUCAAUAUUACAUUAAGGAAUUUCAUGCAUUUCUCGAUAAUUUUGUUCACGAUUAAAACUUUCUUAUACUUCCUACGAGUUCAAGAGUGGUUUUCAUGUUGGAAACUUGGGAGCGUUAAAGACUAGGCAGUUAACGUCGGGUCGUGGGAUUCUAGUAGAAAUUAUCUUGUUUAUAUUGUGUUGGCAUUGCGAAUUAUCUUCUCAGGUAUUUACGUGUUGAUUAUUGUUGAUGUCUUUUGACUUAUUUAUAUAGAGCUGUUGAUUUCCUCUUCCCUUGUUCGUUUUGACGUUGGUGUAGAAGUAAGGCAUUCAUUAGUUUUUGAAUUCAAAUAUUUGAAUACAGUGGGCCUGCGUGUGUGAUGUGUAACAUACAUGAGACCUGUCUGUUAUGUUCUAGAAUACCCCUGGCCCAGUGUUCUCUCUAAGAACCGUCAUUACUUUCUUCUUACUUACUGUUUGCUGAUCGUGGGUGAUUAUUGAUCUAAGUUCCUUAGAGGAACUUUUUGUUCUGUUUGAGGUUACAAAAUGUUGUUAUCAUGGCAUUGUUACCGCUUGUCGUUGUUGUUCUGUUACGUUUCUCCUUGAAACUGUUCCUCGCUACAAAUUGCAUCAAAACUGAGCAAUUUAACGGCAUAACAUAAGUCUUUGCUACCUAACCUCGUGUUGCCUACUUUGAAGUACAAUUGUUCGGCAUUUAAGAGGCAUUGGUUUUAGUUACCAUUUUUUGUUUAAUGGCAGGUGACAGAAGCAUGUGGGAGGCAGUGAUGGCUUUUUUUUUUCAAGUAUCGUUGUGCUUUUUAGAUCGGCAUUGAGCGGAAUUUCUUAAGAGGGUCAGGUUGCAGGAGCUUUCACUCCGGGCUAUGUGAACAUAACGUGCGCUAUUCGGGAGUGCACCUGAAUUGUACGAGCUUAUUGAUUAAUUUUCAGUAAACUCAAAUCAUGAACCAAGGGGCAUUGUUUAGGUAUCUUGUGGAAAUAUUUUGAACUUUGACGUUGUCGUAAGUUGGUCUAAGAAGAUUGUAUUCAGAAUCGAAGCCAUUCUGCGCGGUUAGAUGAAACGUUGAAAUAUUAUACCUACGCAUUAUUCACUAACACUUGCGAUGUCCAUGAGUGGAAUUUAGUGAUAGCUUAGUCUUGGUAUUUCAUCAUGCAUGAGUUACAUAUUUUACCAACAUAGGCAUUUCAUGGGCCAUCGCUGGCUAUAUUACGUCAAUGUGUUGCGGUAUGACGAAUGAUUUUUAACGCCGUCUUUCGUGCUCAUGGAAAUUCUGGUUCUGAUGAUUUAGCGGAAAAUUCUUCUUUUAAUUUGGAAAUAAAAAGAUUUAUGUCAUUUUAUUACAUAUGCAGAGUUCAAUGAAUAAAUAAACUUGUAAUUAUAAUUUGAACUUUCAGCUAUUCAGAACUUGCCCGUUAAUGAAGUUUAACUCAUGUACUGUGAUUGAAAAAAAGUUAGCGUAUAGGCUUCCUUCUUCCCUUCCCCCUUAUAGUCCUUCUAAUGGAAUCCAAGUAAAGCUGAGGAAUAUAAGUGCUGUAUAUUAUACCAUAUCUGUGGCGACGACCGCGCCGUCCUACCGAUUUAAGUUUCUAGGUUCUAUUACUUCUAUGAAAUACAUUGCUUAAACUAAUACACAUUUCAAUGUUGGGGUUUCUCUUGCGUUCCGUUGAUUCUCUGGUGAAGUUUUGUAAAUGUUGAAUGCCACAGAAGUUCAGUGUUACAUACCGUGUGCAACACACGUUCGAAAGUAUCCUGUGUACCAUACCUUUAGCAACACAAGAGCAGAGCUAAGCCUGAAUGUACGUUGCUGUAAUGCUAACACAUCUGCACAAGUACGGUUAACUAUGUACAUAAUAGAUAUGAAGUGUAUAUAAGCUUAGACAAUUGGACUCUUCCUAUGAGCGAUCGUAUCGACCGUUUGUACUUUGUGCGUAUAAGCGGGAAUCGUCUAGAACUGGGCAUGUCAUUUUCAGAAACGUCCUCUCGUGGGAUAAAAAUUUUCUGGUAUGACUUCUUCUGAACUGGUAAUAACUGCGGCUUUCCUCACUUCAUGGGUGCCCAAAUCAGUGUACAUUUUUUCUGUAGGUUAUGGUUUACGAAGUAGUAUAAAUUGGUCCAGGAGUAUUCACGUUAAAUUUAUUGAAUUCUGCUAUCGUCCAUCUUUUGCAUUAAAUUUCUAGUUUUCCUCCAAAAUCUUGUUGAUAUUUUUAAUCUUGUCAAUAAAAGGACUUUUUAAAAUGCCCUAUACUAUAUUUAAGAGUCUUAGAUUUGUUCCAACUUCUAACCCACCGCAUUAUAGCCCUGUGAACGCGUAGAUGAAAAUAGUUGAUAACCUAGAUAAAUAAAUGAAUCUUUACGAGUGAAGUAGGCGCGCAACGGCAGAAAUUUCAGCGAACGUUCAUCUUAUUAAAUGAAGCUAUUAGUAAUUUAUUUACUUCGAUAAAGCUCACGUCGACUUAACUGUGGACUCAGAUCUUACAAUAGGCAAGAUUGCGUAGAAUUAAGCCUAUGUCUGUAUUAAUUUUUUCUAGUAAAUUGUGGGGGGGUCUAUCCCGGAAAACCUGAAGGCGUUUGAAAUAACCCACAGUUGCUUUUGUAAACUAUUUGUAAAAUGUUUACAUUAGUUUCGUUUGUAUUGUUACUGUUAAUUGGGAGUGAGUGUUUGAGCACUAUAAAAAUCUUAUAUUCUUACUAUGUACGAUGGUGUAUUCUGUGAUAUAGAUCGUCUGAAUUUAGCCCAAGAAGCUGCUCUUGUUUCGAUAAUCAUUCUUCUCUUUGAAUAUGUUUUCUUCAAGUGAGUAUUUGGCUAGAAUUACUUGUCAUUAAUUUCCGAAUUAAAAGUGGAAACCCGCAUAGAAAUUUUUCUGCUUAGUUCCCAUUCCUUUCUUUAAAUUGGAUCGACGUUUCAUGAACUUUUCUCCUAGAGUUAGUUUGUGUGUUGCGAGCACGUUUUUUUUCGUUUUUCUCUUCCUUAUGGUAACCCUUUAGUGAUUGAGAAGUGUGGCUUUUCCUAUUAAUUUAAGUGAGGGUAACAAAUAAAAGUUCAUUUUCUGCCCCCUGUAAAAUUUCCCAUAUUUGAAACGAUUUCAUGAAGGCAUAUACUAGAAUGCUUAUGCAUGAAGUGCGUAGUUCAUUGUGUCGUCUUGGCCUGCUUCUUCGUGGAGGUAAUUUUAGCGACUGCUCCUACGAAUAAAGCUCCUGCCAGACGCAUGUGAGGCCAUGUAAUGUUUAAUAUUCCUGCUACCGUCGCCCAUCUUGUGCUACCGUCGCCCAUCUUGUUGUGCUUCCAACAAUCCAACGCGAGCGCGUCGCAGGCUGGAGAGUUGAAGCUUGUCGUCAUUUAUGCCUAGUGACUGCCAACUCUAAUUAUGUCUUGCAAUCAUCUGAAUAGUCUAGUAUCCUGCACUCGGUUAUCUACUUCUCUCUCUUGUGAUCUAUGACUUGAACGUAUCAAUAUACGCAUGUUGCACUCAUUGGCGUACGCAUGUUGACUUCCCAUGUGCGUGUGGUGCAGUGACGCAAGUGCGCGCGUUUCUGUCAACAAGCAAAUCGUAUUCAAGAGUGUUGGGCGUGUACGUUUCCGGGUUCCGCUGCUCGUUAUGUGUUAUUUAGAGCACAACACAGGAAAUAUGUGUGUGUUAUCCUGUAAAGAUGUAAUAAAGAGUAAGUUGACACUACUAUUGAGUAUGGAUGCUAACGCAGAGGUCAAAUCAUGGCGCCCAUUUGGCUCGAUUUGAUCCUCUCGUCUAAUCCUACUUCCAUUUAAUAACCUGUACCGGGUGUAUUUUUUGCUUGCGCAGGUAAUAUUAUUUAUGUAUCUGAAUAUUUGUAAUUUAAUAUCUUCUAUACUUGGCGGUGUCGCAUAAUUGCGCUGAUUAAUCGCGAUGAAGAAAGCACAGGAAUCGCAGGAGUCAACGUGCGCAUGCCUCGCAGGCUGUGUGUCGUGGCAUGUGGCGAGUCUGCGGAAUUUGGCUGCACGGCAAACUUUUCCUUGGGCUCGCGUCAAGUAUGCAUCACAGCUUCAGUUACAGGAACAUUUUCUGCAAAGGGGUACGGAGAUUUAUUUCUUAGCACUUUGACUGUUGUUUUGAAAUGUUAACACAAUUUAGGUAACGGUCGAGCUAUAGCCUUUUUCAAUGGUGGAUGAUCCAUUUCAGUUCGCCUCCGAUUGAUUGUUCUUGAGGAAAUUCUACAUUGAUGUAGUGUAGUAGCCUCGGGGGGUUGGUUUGAUUUUGUACAUAAUGUCUGAUGUAUAUGAAGAGCCGUGAUGGUAGCUGUGUGUGCAUGUAGGAAAUAGUUCUCCUUUACUUUGUAUUCGAAGAAGUACGUUUGUAUUAACGACGCUGACCCUGUCUUAUUUUUGUAUAGGCUCUCCUAUGCAAUUGCAUGUUGUGCUUCAAUCUCGUAAUUUCUCUCUGAUGAGCCGAUUUUCGUGGUGCAGUUUUUACCAUGCAACAACAUUCUGCUAGUACCCUUCCUGAUGGUACAUGAAUAUUGUUUACGAUAUUCCUCUAGUUCACUACUUGUUUGUACAUGAAUAUUGUUAACAAUAUUCCUCUAGUUCACUACUUGUUAGUACAUAAAUUUUGUUAACAAUAUUUCACUAGUACUCUUCCUGUUUGUACAUGAAUAUUGUUAACAAUAUUGCGAUUGUACACUUCUUGUUUAUACAUGAAUAUUAUUUGCCUGCAGUUAAUAUCCCAAUUAAAUGAUAUACUCGUACAUACGGCAUAAUCGCGCGGAAUAGUUAUCAGCAUUCCUGGUUCAGCCUCUCGUGUGCAAAGAAUUUCUAACUUAAUUUUACAUUGACUUCCAGUGGCUAAUUCUUUGGCUUAUGCUGUAUCUUUUCUAGCAGAAUUUUUUUUGCUAUUGAUUGAAAUUUAUGAUUUAUAAACUCUCAAGCUAAUAUUGGAGGGUUUAAUAACACCAAAAUAUUUCGCCUUAUAUAAUUUAAAAUAUUUUUAGAGGUUCCUACUCGUGUCUAUAUUUUUGAGAAAUGUUCAUUUCCUGUCACUUGUAAAUUGAGCUUGCAUUUUACACAAGCAGAUGUCUUUUUCUUGUAUCAUCAUUUACUUGCCGAUAUGCUGAAAAUUUCAGUCUCAUUCAGUCAUGAUUUGUUCGAAAGUAUAAUUUCAUUAUGUAUAUGUUCGAAAUGAAUGGUUUCUUUUGUCGUUAGUAAUUACUCUGCAGCAUCGCUGGCUUGCAUGUGGCUGGUAUUACUAGAGUGUACUCGAGUAAAGUAAAGUAUAAUUGCAUGGUAUCUUGUGUUCCUGGUAGCAUGAAUACGGCCGCGUGGAGUUGAAGCCGACUGUGGUCGCGCGUAUCUGAGAUAGUCACUUCUAACCUAUCACUGACCGUCGGUAUUAACAUUCAACGCUUGAUUUAUUUGCAGUCUUGGUACGGAUCGCAUUAUUGCGGGUGACGGUGUGUAAGCGUUGUAAAGUUAAUCAUAAUCCCACUGACUCGUUUCCGGGUGCUAAAUAGUUUGUACUGAUAUCCUACACUGUUAUCAUCCUGUUAUUUAACAAAAUUAGCGAGCACAGCGCUGUCUUUUCGAUUCGUAGGAAUCGUUUCAGUUCAUUUCCUAAUGUCUACGUCGUGACCGCCUAUCAAUAGCCUACGGAUUCAUACGAAUUUUCUCCAAUUUUCGAUUUCUGUAGCUGAUCCCAUAUACUUUUGUUUGUACAAAUGUCGAGUAGAGGUUCUUUUGAUGUCAUUGUUAUAAGUCUGAACAUUAAGGAAGUGGCAUUAAGACAACACCUGCAGCGUCAGUUCGUUGUUCUGUAGGAUUUAUCUCCAUAUAUUGAAAUAAUAAGUUUUGCAAAUGGAA